UCAUCUCCUUCUGUGGAGUCCGAUAAGAAGUGCAAGCCGAGUUUGAUGGUUUCUGUUACCACUCCCACUAACCCUACACCACAGCCCCAAGCCCAUACACAACCUCCAGCCCAAACCCAAGCCCUGAACAUAAUAGAACACUGCAACAACAUCAACAACAAGACUCCAUUGACAACACCACCAGUGGUUUCACAAGAUGAUCAUGACUCAGAUAUUGAUGAUCUUCUUAAGGAAUACGAAGAUUUCGCUAAUGAUGAAUUCUCUUUUGAUGAUUUGCCUCCUGGAUAUAGGUUCUUCCCCACUGAUGUCGAGCUCAUCAGGUUUUACUUGAAUAAGAAGGUUUCCAAUGAGCCCCUCCCUCCCAACCAGAUUGUCGAGACUAACUUAUACGGCUACAAUCCCGAGUUUCUUGCAGCAAACUACAAGAAAUGUGGAGAAAAUGAAUUGUACAUUUUUACUCCAAGGGAUCGAAAGUAUUUAAAUGGAGUCCGUCCAAAUCGAGCUGCUGGUGAUGGAUAUUGGAAAGCUACUGGAGUUGACAAGCCUAUCAUAUUCGACGAAACCCUAAUUGGGUAUAAGAAGACACUAGUUUUCUGUCAAGGAAAACCUCCAAAUGGUAUGAAGACUAAUUGGAUUAUGCAUGAAUUUAGAGUUGACACUCCUCCUCGAGAUAAAAGGAAUCCAAGUGACAUGAGGUUGGAUGACUCAGUCUUGUGCAGGAUUUAUAAGAAAACUGAUCCCAGAACAAAAUCUAAUAGGAAAUCAACCUGGAUAAACAUCAGGAAGGGGAUGGAACUAGAAGAAGCUCUUCUUGAUUUAUUUUUUGAUACAUUCCCUUUUGAUACAUUCCCACCUGGAUAUAGGUUUUGUCCCACUGACGAUGAGCUUGUCAGGUUUUACUUGAAUAAGAAGGUUUCCAAAGAGCCCCUCCCUCCCAACCAGAUUGUGGAGACUAACUUAUACCACCACAAUCCCGAGUUUCUUGCAGCAAACAACAAGAAAUGUGGAGAAAAUGAAUGGUACUUUUUUACUCCGAGAGAUCGAAAGUAUUUAAAUGGAAACCGUCCAAACCGAGCAGCUGGUGAUGGAUAUUGGAAAGCUACUGGAGCUGACAAGCAUAUUAUAUUUGACAAAGCCCUAAUUGGGUAUAGGAAGGCACUAGUUUUCUAUCGAGGAAAAGCUCCAAAUGGUACGAAGACUAAUUGGAUUAUGCACGAAUUUAGAGUUGACACUCCUCCUCAAGAUAAAAGGAGUCCAGGUGACAUGAAGUUGGAUGAUUCAGUUUUGUGCAGAAUUUAUAAGAUAACUGAAAAGGAAUCAAAAUCGAAUGAGAAAUCAACCCAAGCCCAUGCCCAAGAUGAUCAGGAGGUUCCAAAUUCCACAUCUUUGCCUCAAAAUGAGCCGAUGGAGUAUUUCGAAUUCAAGGAUCCUAUGGCACAAAUGAUAUAUGACCAUGACUACAUGCUUCAAUCUGGUCAAAAUGCACCUAGUGCAUUAUUGGAAGUUCCUCAAAACAGUAACGCUGCUACUCUCAUUGACAUGCCUGGGUUCCAUGAUCCAUUUCAAGCAAUGGGCGGUAAUAUUUUUGAGACUCCUGUCCAGAGCAAUCAACAAAGUUUCUGUUUUCCUCCUUUAGUGAAUUCUGUAGAGACCCUAAAUUUGCCAAGUAGAUACCAAGAUUGGUCGUACACUACAAACCCUUUCAAGAACAUCUCAGCAAUGCAAUCUGAUUACUACAAUUACUGUGUUUAUCAGCAGGCAUCGCCGAAUAAUCAAGUGUCAACAUCGAUUCCUUCUCCCGGUUAUGACCCAAAUAUGCUUUUGAUUCUGAAUAAUCAAGUGUCGACAUCGAUGCCUUCUCAAGUGUCACCAUCGAUGCCUUUUUUCAGUAAUGACCCAAAUAAGCGUCAAAAGCUUUCAAAUGAUGACCAUUCAUUUCGAUGAUUGGUAGCAUCGACUAGUGUAGAUUGGUAGAUCUUUAGCUAGCUAGCAGUAUUAGUUUCUCUCUCCAUUUCAUUAGGAAAUCUGCACUCUGUAGUACAUCUUUUAUUUUCUUAGAUAGACAAAUGUCAUUAAGU